ACAUGGUUUAAAUUUGUGCGCCUGAGUCACCAAUGAUGUCCAAAAUGAAGAAAAAAUUAAAAUUAUUGUACUAAAAUUGGGUCACAUUGGGGGUUUUCUGUGACAGGAAAUGAUUAAAUACUGUCAAAUAUUUGUCAAGCUUGUAAAUUGAUUGUUUAUUCUGAGUUUAUAUUUGAAUUUAAACUGUCAAUUUAAAGGUAAAAGAUUUAACAAAGAACCUCAAUGUUUUAAUUGAAAGAGUCCUUUGCUGACUGCCUGCCCCUAUUGCUGGCCAUGGUGUCCCCCUUUCCAAGAGUGUGGUUUGACCAUUCUGGGCCCCUGGGCAGACCAAAAAGGGGAGCCAUUGUGAAUGAAGACCGCUUUUCCCAUUAGGCCCAGGCCGGGUGGUGAGGAUGCCAUGGGGUUAGGAGCAGAUGUGGGUUCAGCUCUUAUAGGUGGAUAUGGGCGCUGGGGAGGCAGAGACAGGUACGGCCCACCUGUGCGCACCGACUAUCGUCUCAUUGUGGAGAAUCUGUCCAGCCGCUGCAGCUGGCAGGACCUAAAGGAUUACAUGAGGCAGGCAGGGGAGGUGACGUACGCAGACACCCACAAGGGCCGGCGGAAUGAGGGCGUGAUCGAGUUCAGGCAGUACUCGGACAUGAAGAGAGCCCUGGAGAAGCUCGAUGGCACCGAGGUGAACGGCAGGAAAAUCCGGCUCAUUGAGGACCGCCCUGGUGCUAAACGCCGCCGCUCUUACUCCCGCAGUCACAGCCGAUCCAGGUCUCGCUCUAGGAGCCGCAGGUCCCAUAAGAGCCGCAGCCGCAGUGAAAGCAGCAGCCGCAGCCGUUCCCGCUCCAGAGCGGCGUCCCGCUCCCGCAGCCGGUCCCAAAGCAAGAAGAGUAAGGGCAAGAAGGAAGACGAGGAGCGCAGCAAUGGCGCCCAGAAGGGCGAAGAGCAAAGCCGCAGCCCCAAAAGCAAGAAGGGCAAGAAAGAUGGCAAGAAGAGCAAGAAGGGGUCCCGGUCCAGAUCUAGAUCUGCGUCUCGCUCUAGAUCUCGUUCUAGAUCUGGUCUUAAGGAUUCCUCCAGGAAAUCCGUGUCAAAAGGCCCCGACCCACCCAAGAGCGACGACGAGGCCGGUGAGCCCGAGCGGGGCUCCCGGUCCCGCUCCCGGUCCCGCUCCCCAGAUGAACCCCGAGCCAGGUCCAAAUCAAAGUCCAAAUCCCAGUCCCCGGCUGGAGCGCGUUCCCGUUCCGCCUCCAGAUCAGAGUCCCGCUCCAAAUCCCGCUCCCAGUCCCGCUCUCGUUCCCGUUCCCGCUCCUAAGUCAUGUCCUGGACUGUGACCCCAGCCCCCCCUCCCCCUCCCCUGUUCCCCUCACCCUGUAUUUACAUUCCCCCAGCCCCCGUUUUGAUAUGUAGAUCAGGCGCUCACGCUCCAUGCAUUUUACGCACUCGCUCGCCCUUCUAUUGGCUUGUCUUCGCGUUUUUUCAUUGGAGAAUGUCUGAGCGGAACGAGCUGCAGUCCGCUUUUAUAAGUUGGAGCCGUGAUGUCUCAAAUUUUUUAAUCUGAUGUAGGAACAUGUUUGUUUUCGCUGUAACAUGAAGCAGCUCACCUCUGUGAAUCCUUUUGUUUCAGAUUAAAAUGUGUUCUAGACUCUG